AAUAUGCUGGCGCCCACUGGAGUUGUGAAUUGUGAGGAGUUCGCUGAGUUCCAGGAAUUACUCAAGGUGAUGAGGACGAUUGAUGACAGAAUAGUACAUGAAUUAAAUACUACGGUUCCAACAGCUUCCUUUGCAGGAAAAAUUGAUGCCAGCAAAACCUGUAAACAACUUUAUGAGUCUUUGAUGGAAGCUCAUGCCAGCCGGGAGAAAGCAAUAAAAAAAUGCAUAGCUCAGACAUCAGCAGUAGUAAAGAGCCUUCGAGAACAGAGAGAGAAGGAUUUGAAUGAUUUAACAUUAUUAAAGCAAAUUAGAAAAGAACAGACAAAGUUGAAAUGGAUGCAGUCGGAACUGAAUGUUGAAGAAGUAGUAAAUGACCGAAGCUGGAAGGUAUUUAUUGAACGCUGCAGAGUUCACUUCAAGCCUCCAAAGAAGGAAUAAAAAGAAGGAUAUUUCUAAAGGAGAUAGUCAUAUCCUAAAAGCUGAGGAAGACACACACAGGAAGGGCAGGAUGCUUACAAGAAUGAUUUCUGAGCCAACAGACCAAGACCAUUUGUUGAUUUCAGGCCCAUUUCUCCAAGAC